GGGGCCGAGCCCGAGCUGGAGCUGGAGUCUGAGCCGGCGCCUGCAGCGGAGGCGGUGAUGUCGGUGCAGGUUGUGUCAGCAGCGGCUGCCGCCAAGGUACCUGAGGUGGAGCUGAAGGACCUGAGCCCCUCCGAGGCGGAGCCCCAGCUAGGACUGAGCACGGCGGCGGUGGGCGCCAUGGCCCCUCCGGCGGGCGGCGGGGAGCCCGAGGCUCCAGCUCCCGCGGCGGAGCGGCCCCCGGCCCCUGGCCCGGGCUCGGGGCCCGCCGCUGCUCUCAGCCCCGCGGCCGGGAAGGUGCCUCAGGCGUCGGCCAUGAAACGGAGUGACCCGCAUCACCAGCACCAGCGACACCGCGACGGCGGCGAGGCCCUGGUCAGCCCCGACGGCACGGUCACCGAGGCGCCGCGCACGGUCAAGAAGAUCAAGAGGAACUAUACUCCAGUAGCUGUACCUGAGGAACUGCAUCUGAGGAACGCCAACUACACCUGGACCUGAUUUAGAUAUCAAGAUUCUGGACAUCAAGCUGAUGCCAUAAUGAGAUGAGAAUUUUGAAGUCUUAGGAGAGGGUGAGUGUAUUUUGCAUGUGGGAGGGAGUUGUUGGGACCAGAGGGUGGUCUAUGGUAGCUUGAUUCCAAAGUGGCUACCAUUAGUUUCUUCCCUUCUUUCCAUUCAGAGGUGGAGUCUUUUUCUCUCCUUUUGAAUCUGGAGUGGCUUUAGUGACUUGCUUAACUAAUAGAAUGAUUUUUAUGGGACUUCUGAGGGUAGGUCAUAGCCUUUGACUCUUGGAAUUUUCUCCCUUGGAAUACUUACUCUCAGAACCCAGCCACCAUGUUGUGAGAAGCCCAAGUCAGAUGGAGAGGAUACAUGUAGACACUUGUUGAUAACCCUAGCAAACAGCCAGCAUCAACUCACUGUCAGCCACAUGAAUGAAUGAAGGAGUCACAUUAGACACUAUGGCCUAGCAGAUACCAUCUGUACAAGUACAAAGGUCUCAGACCUGUGGUCCCUGUUAAGAUAUUCCAGCCAUCUUCAUUCAAGUGACCCCACCUGAAAUUCCAUACUUUGUGAAUCAGAGCAAGCUGUCUCUGCUGUGUCCUGCCAGAAUUUCUGGCCCACAGAAUCAUGAGAAUAAAAGAAUGAUUGUUGUUUAACACCACUAAGUUUUGGGGUAGUUUUUUUUUUAAGGAAGGUAUUACUUAUUUUAGCUCACUGUAGUUCUUUUAUGUAAUAGUAAAUAACUGGGACAUUGUCAGACUGAAUAGAAAAGAAUCCAGUUCUGUGAUGUUGGUAAGAGACAUAUCUAAAAUGUAAGGAAUCAGAGAUUGGAAAUAAAGGUAUUGAAAAAUGUAUUCUGAAAACAGCUUGUAGAGCGAACUAAUAGUAGAAAAAAUUAAUUUGAAGGCAAAAAUCAUUACUAGAGUUAAGUAUUAUCAGAAAAAAAUUCUAAAAGAAAUAGAUAAGAAGCUAUAAUUCCAAAUUAAUAUGCAUGCAAUGGUAUGGCCUCAAAAUAUAUAGAUAGAAUUCAAAAUACAUAGGUUAGCUGGGUAUGGUGUCACAUGUCUGUAGUCCCAACUACCUGGAAACAAGGCAGGAGGAUUGCUUGAGCCUAGGAGUUUGAAGCUAGCUUGGAAGACGUAGUAAUACCCCAUCUCAAAAAAGAGAAAAUGAUAUCUAUAAUAUGGGAAUAGAUUAAUAAGUUUAUAGAGUGGGAAAUUUUAAUUUAUCUUUCUCAGCAAUUGAUGGCCAAUGUUUGACAAAAAAAUUUGAGCAGUAUAUCAAAGACUUGAACAACCAACAAGCUUCAUUUGGUGGGCAUGUACAGAGCCUGGCACCUAAUAGAUGAAGAUAGACUUUCUUUUUAGGUACUUUUUAAAAAGUAUUGAACACGUGCUGAAUUUGUAGUAAGAUUCAGGAAAAUCAAUGACUGGGUUUAUGCAGACUAUGUUUUCUUAGUCAGCUAAUAUUAAAGUUGAAUAAUAGAAUAAAAUGACUAUGUAUUUGGAAAUUUAAAAUCACACAUCUAAGUAACUCACAGGUCAAAGAAGAAAUAAUAGAAAUUAGAAGUAAAGCUGAAUGAUAAUAUAAAUAAAAUAUAUCAAAACUAUGGGUUAUAACUAAAGCGGUGGUUAGAGGGAAGUUUACAGCCUUACAUUCUUAUAUUAGAAAUAAAAGAGGCUCAUUAAUUUUUAGUGUAAGUAUUUGACUAA